UUGAUGUUCAUCACAACACUGAUUCCAUCUCUACCUCUCAAAAUACAUGGCACAAUUUAAUUUACUAUCUUCGCCGAUGAAACUAAUUAGCUCGCUGCCCUGUGAUCACAUCUACUUGGUGGUACUGAGUGCCUGGCUGUCGACAGCAGUUUUGAGGUCACGUGUGGGUUUGAAAGUUACUGUGAAGCGGUUGCUAUGGUGAUGCACGUGGAGCUGCAGGCCACAUGCAGCGCUUUAGGCUACCAAGAGGGGGAUAAGUACGUGAAAGAACCAGAUUGUCUUGAAACUGUGAAGGAUUUGAUUCGCUUUUUGAAGCGUGAAGAUGAAACUUGUGACAUCCGGCAACAACUGGGGCAGGCUCAGAUUGUUCAGAAUGACCUUAUUCCAUUGGUCAAACACUACAAGAAAGACAGAGCGCUCCAAGAAUGUGUCAUUAGGUUAAUGGUGAACCUGACACAGCCCAGCAUUCUGUGUUUUAACAACCAUCUACCAGAUGACAAAACAAUCCGCAAUCAUUAUCUUGAGGUGGAAUUUCAUUUACAAGGAUAUAAAGAGGCUUUUGUGGAUGAGGAACUGUUUGCAGUGCUCACAGAAAAGAUGGGUGACAUGUUAAAACUGGACUGGGAAAAUCGUCAUGAGGAGGAUAAAAUGUUUAUUGAAAGACUUCUGAUCCUGGUGAGAAAUAUUCUUCAUGUUCCUCCAAACCCACAGCAGGAAAAGCGGACAGACGAUGAUGCUAGCAUCCAUGAUCAAGUUUUGUGGGCGCUGCAUGUGAGUGGAAUGGAAGAUCUGCUGUUAUACAUCGCCAGUUCUGACGACGAGAGACAAUACUGUGUCCAUGUCCUUGAGAUCAUCUCCCUAAUGUUCAGAGAACAGACUCCAGAAUUAUUGGCCCAUGCUGGUGUUCAGAGAUCCCUGACGGAGAAAGAAAAAGAUCAAAGAGAGUUGGAACUGGCGAGACAGAAGGAGAAAGCUGCCAAAUUAGCUAACGUCAUGAAACAUAGUAGCAGGCAUUCCCGAUUUGGAGGAACCUUUGUAAUGAAGAAUAUGAAGUCUAUCAGCGACAAGGAUAUGAUCUACCACAAACCUCUAGGGGACACCAACAAUAUCUCAUUUGAUCAAAACAAAAAGCCGAAGAAACAACCGAAGAAUCGGCAGGCGAUCAAAGAUGUGGAAUUAGUGCGACGAUCAACCCUAAGCAUUAGGCUGGCUCUGAAAGAUUUCUGUGUUCAGUUCCUGGAAAAUUGUUAUAAUCCCCUCAUGAGGGCUGUCAAGGACAGUUUAGUAAGGGAGCACACACAGGAGCAUGAUGAGACGUACUAUAUGUGGGCAAUGAGGUUCUUCAUGGAGUUUUGUCGUGUGCACAGUGGCAAGGUGGAGCUUGUCAGUGAGACUAUGUCUGUGCCCACUUUCCACUACAUCUACACCAACCUCCUGAAUUAUUAUGAGAUGAUUAUGACAGAGAAAAAAGAGGGCAAGACUUGGUCACGCAGAGUGCACUUGGCCCUGAAGGCAUACCAGGAGUUACUGUUGACUUUGUAUAGUAUGGACAAGUCCUCUAGAAGUCAGAUUCGAGAGAGUUCAAAAGUCAUCAAGGGUAAUGUUUUUUACAUGAUGGAGUUUCGUGAUAUCUUUCUGACCCUUCUGCGAAAGUUUGAUGAGAGCAAACAGUCUAGGUCUUAUCUCAAGGAUCUGGUGGAAACAACUCAUUUAUUCAUAAAAAUGCUUGAGGCAUUUUGCAAACAGACCUCUCAUUUAGUUGUGCAAAAGAAGUCCAAGAAAGCGCGCCAGAAAAGGAAGAAAGGAAAUGAGGAGCAAACUGAAAACGAAGUUAACCCAGAGUUGGAAGAUCUAUGGGAUGAUGUAUCGUCAGAUUUAUCUGCCCUUAUCCAGGGUCGAGCUGAAGUGCCAACAGAUGUCACUCCGUUUGAUGCUGCCUCAGAAGUAGAAAUUGACCAGCAAAGGGCUGAUGCCAUGGUCCGUAUCCAGGGUUCAUUACGCAGAAGGGAAGCUGGGCAGGCCUUAGCUCUAUUCAGAAGUGCCAGAGAAGUGUGGCCAGAUCGUGGUGAGUUUGGAACCACGAACAUUAGUCCUGAGGAAGAGUUCAUGGCACUGCGCGAAAUCUUUUUUGCCAACAUAUCAUCUGAGCCGGAGAUUGUGGAGGAGAGUCAGGGAUCUAUACUGGAGGAAGAGGAGGGUCAGGAAGAGGAGGAAGUAGAAAUGAUGGCGUCUGAACAGGAGUUUAAUCUUAAGGAGUACUUACUCAGGUAUGCAAAACCUCCGAUAUUAAAGGCUCAUGUCACGUUACUGGCUGACUUUGAAAAGAACAGCAACCACACAAAUCACUGUGUUAUCAAAAUGCUGCACCGGGUAGGUGUGGAUCUGGAGCUGAUAGGAAUGUUGUUCCAGGCGUCACUCUUCAGGAUCUUCCAGAAACUGCUUUUUUCACCACUGGCUACGUCAUCACAUUUCCAGGAAAUGGUGAAAUUUGCUGUACAUGUUGUGAGACAGUUUGUGACGGUGGCUUCUAAAAAUGAGAAGAUAUUCAUGGAGUUGUUGUUUUGGAAAACGCCAACAGAAGCCAGGGAAAUAGUGGAGGGAUAUGGUUCAUGUGAGUCUCAUGUAAAGCAGAGGUGGACUGAAGACCAGGAGUUGGAGUUACAGAGACUGUUUGAGGAGUACAGGGAUGUGGAUGAUGGUCGCGAUGCGGUGGACCACAUCAUGGAUGACAUCACAGAUAGAGAGAAGACCAGAGGGCAGAUUAUCAGACAGUUAAAAGUACAGGGACUCAUUAUCUCUGCCAAAGACUUGAAACGGAAAGUAGCCAGCUCACGGCCGGGCACAUGGACAGAGGGACAGGAGCUGGAACUCAGGGAUCUGUUCAAUACCUACAGACAUUCUGAUGAUCCAGUGGGUAAUAUUGUCUCUAACAUGGAGGUGAAAAGGUCAAAGGGCAAGGUCAUGGAAAAGAUACUGGAGUUAGAGUUGGUGGAGGAUCGCAAAGAGUUGUACAAGAAGAGGAGUGGUGGGAGGAAAAAUCGUGCUGCGGAGGACAGCGAUAGCGAGGAUGAUAUCAGGGAGUAUCAGGAAGAGCCAGAGUUCAUGGAAACAAGUCAACCUUUCAACCAAGACAGCUCUGACGAUGAGGUCAGAGACGGAGAGGAAAUUGGAGACAACUCUAGUGCUGACGGUUCAGACGAACCUUUAGAAGUUCUGUUAGAUAAGGUUCUAUCCAAUGGGUUCAAAGGUCAGGUUGGAUGGAUACAGAAGACAUUACAAAGAACAGCUGAAGCAAGGUCAAAGUCGGAUAACCCUCAGCCUGUUCCCAUAGUUCCUCUGACAGAGGAGAAUGAGGAUGCCAUGGAAGACACAGCCUUCGCCAGAUUUCUUAAGAAAAUUGGCCUGUCUUGUCCAGCUAAUGAGCAGGAGACUUUCUGGCGAAUACCUACUGACCUAAGUGCAAAGGAUUUAGCAUUGAUAUCAGAGAGUUUGGAGCUCACUGAGGAAGAAAAGUUUGCGCCCUUGGACAAGCUGACAUCUUUUCUUCAAACAAAAGCAAAGAUGACGAAGGCUGAAAUAUCUAAGGGAGAUAAAUCAGCAAAGAAACUCAAACAGAAGACUACAAAAACUUCUCAGAAGACCCCAAAUCCUAUGGAUAAAGCGAAAUCUAAAAGGAAGAGAAAGAAACACAAAGCAGAGGAGAUGGAAGGGUUCAUUGCUUCAGAAACCACUGAUGAUGAAGAGAAAAGCAAUGCAAAUAAGAGAAAGAAAACACAAUCGGUGAAAAAGCCUUCCAAAAGGCCUGUUAUAAACGAUGAUAGUGACAAUGAUGAUAUGGAAUUAAUAAAGCAUACAGAUAAAGGAAAGAGUAAACAGUCUCAGAGAAAGCCUUCCAAAAAGCAUGUUAUAAACGAUGAUAGUGACAGUGAUGAUAUGGAAUUAAUAAAGCAUACAGAUAAAGGAAAGAAUAAACAGUCUCGGAGAAAGCCUUCCAAAAAGCCUGUUAUAAACGAGGAUAGUGACAGUGAUGAUGAAGAAGUAAAGAAAAAUACCAAUAAGAGAAAUAAUAAACAGCCAUCUGUCAGGAGGCCCUCCAAAAAGCCUGUUAUAAACGACAGUAAUGACAGCCCUAGUGAAGAGGUGAAAAAGCAUACAGAUACUAAGAAAAAGCAGUCAGCUGUAAGAAAGUCUUCCAAAAAGUCUGUUGUAAGUGAUGAUGAUGAAAGUGAUGAUGAACCACUGGUUUUGAGAUCAAAGGGCAGUAACUCCAACCAAACCACCAGCAGAGUUCAGAGCCCCUGGCAGGACAACUCUGAUGACAGUGAUGACAACAGACUUCAAAUGGAUCUCAGUGAAGAUGACAUAUCAUCGCCAAAUCAGCAAUCAUCAAAGCGAUCGCGACCUACUGUAUUAGAUGACAGUGAUGAGGGAAAUUCCAAAGACUCACCAAACCUUGAUGGUGGUGUUCAAGCUGCCAGAAAACAUCACAAAGUUUUGUUGGAUGACAGCGAUGAUGACAGUAGACAUUUAUCUGACUCAAAACUAGCACAAAGGAAACAGAAAAGUUUUGUUGAUUGUACUGAUGAAAACAGCUGCUCAUCACUGCAAAAUCAAGAUGAAAACGGUUGUUCAUCUCAAUCCAACCAUGAUGAAACAAGUCGUUUAUCUGUAACAAACCAUGAUGAAAAAAGCCGUUCAUCCAUAACAAACCAUGAUGGAAACAGCUGUUCAUCGGUAACAAACCAUGAUGAAAACAGUCAUUCAUCUAUUGUAAUGGAUGAUGGUAAUAGCCAUGCAACUGGACAGAAAAGCCACAAAAAGAAACGAAAGCAGCGGAUAGAUGACAGUGAUGAUGAAUCAUCAAGGAGUAGUCACUUGUCAUCAAAUUCCAGCAGUAGUCAUCAUUCUAAACGUCAACGCCUGAUGGAGUCAGAUAGUUCAUCCAGGGACGGUGCGAGACCAGAUGGCAAUGACAGUGGCUGUGUCGUCGGUGCUACCUCUGCCACCAUGGCUGAUGAUAGCGAUGAGGACACACCCCUAAUCUUAUACUCACAACCCACAGGGGAAGAUAGCCAAGGGAAGAAGGCUUCUCUAGACACCUUCCCUGCCACUCUGCUGACCCAAGAACACAGUGACUCUGACUCGGCAGAUGACCACAUACCCCUGAAAAGAGCUUUGAAGGCACAGCGCAUUGAUAGUGAGGAGGAUUGACAGCAACAAGGAGGAUUGGCAGUGAUGAGGAGGAGGAUUAACAGUGAGGAGGAGGUAAAUUGACAGUGCCAAGGAUGAGAAUUGACAGUAAUGAGGAUUGCCAGUGAUCAGGUGGAUUGACAUUGAGGAGGAGGUAGAUUGACAGUGCCAAGGGGGAGAAUUGACAGUAAUGAGGAUUGCCAGUGAUCAGGAGGAUUGACAGUGAGGAGUAUGGUAGAUUGAUAGUGCCAAGGAGGAGAAUUGACAGUAAUGAGUAUUGCCAGUGAUCAGGAGGAUUGACAUUGAGGAGGAGGUAGAUUGACAGUGCCAAGGGGGAGAAUUGACAGUAAUGAGGAUUGCCAGUGAUCAGGAGGAUUGACAUUGAGGAGGAGGUAAAUUGACAGUGCCAAGGGGGAGAAUUGACAGUAAUGAGGAUUGCCAGUGAUCAGGAGGAUUGACAUUGAGGAGGAGGUAGAUUGACAGUGCCAAGGGGGAGAAUUGACAGUAAUGAGGAUUGCCAGUGAUCAGGAGGAUUGACAGUGAGGAGUAUGGUAGAUUGAUAGUGCCAAGGAGGAGAAUUGACAGUAAUGAGGAUUGCCAGUGAUCAGGAGGAUUGACAGUGAGGAGUAUGGUAAAUUGACAGUGCCAAGGGGGAGAAUUGACAGUAAUGAGGAUUGCCAGUGAUCAGGUGGAUUGACAUUGAGGAGGAGGUAGAUUGACAGUGCCAAGGGGGAGAAUUGACAGUAAUGAGGAUUGCCAGUGAUCAGGAGGAUUGACAGUGAGGAGUAUGGUAGAUUGAUAGUGCCAAGGAGGAGAAUUGACAGUAAUGAGUAUUGCCAGUGAUCAGGAGGAUUGACAGUGAGGAGUAUGGUAGAUUGAUAGUGCCAAGGAGGAGAAUUGACAGUAAUAAGGAUUGCCAGUGAUCAGGAGGAUUGACAGUGAAGAGGAGGUUGGGCAGUAAAGGGGCGAAGGAUUGAGUGAUCGGAUAAAAAUACAGAUGGCGCAUCAUGGAUAGUUACAGAUAGUUCUAUGAUUUAUAGUAUAACCAGUUACGAAAACAAAUGUUGAACAUUUUUAUCCAUCUUGUAUCUCAAGUAUCUCUCCUGUUUUUGUUCUUAAUUUGCUCAUAUAUAUGAAUUAAACAACAGUGUCUUAGACAAUAAUAAUAAUUUUGAGUCUUAAAUAAUAUUGUGAAAUUUUACAGGAAGGAUUGCUGAUGUGUUUUAUAUGUGUAAUCUAUAACCUUACCUUCUCGUGUUGUAUUAUCAACAGUAUGUAGCAAUUGACAUGUAGGAAAUAAUUUUAUUCAUUAACAUCUGUGCUGAAAUAUUUACCAUUUGAUUAAAACAGUAGAUAUUUUUCCUCUUUAUAAAAGAUGUUUGUGGCUGUCUUGGUUCUCAUGGUUUCUAGAAUUGUCCAAGUUUGUGUAUUUCUACAUGAUUUUA